AUGGAUCAGAAGUUGCUGCAUAAGAGUUGCUGGUCCAACCGUAGUUGGGAGGAGUGCUGCGCGGUUCGCUCCGAAGCAUACGGGACGGGUUUGCAGGACUGCUUCCUCAGCCCGAGUACAUGGGACAGGUGCUGCAACGUUACGCAAGUACCCCGAGACAUCUUCAGCUGCAGGGACCGCGGGGAGGAGUGGCAGAGACUACGUAUGGGAAUAAUGUAUGCGGUACCAUUGCAGCAGCUGCCGAAUCCAGCAAGGAUGAGGUGGCGUGCUUCUGAGUGCUUGCUGGGUGGACUGCUGGCUUCGCUGAUCCAGUUGAGCAUGGAAGGUUUCUCUGCCGGCGAUGGCUUUCUGAGCCAGCGCGUGAGCACGGCUUGGGAGAUUGCGGAGGAUCUCUUCACCUUGGUGCUCAGGAGUCCUUUGUCUGUGAACGAGAUCAUGCUCAGUGGGUGGCAUCUGGGUGCUGUCCUUCUGUUCCUGCGACAGGUUCCUGAGGUGGAAAGCCAUGUAGGCCCCUGGCUACAUCAUCCAUCGGUUGGCGUUGAGAUCAGGCUUCUGUCAGCGUUGGAGGCCUUACCAGAUGAUCCCAGCUUCCGCAUCCCCCAGGACUUGACCUUUGCGACCAUGAUAUCUCCAAAUUCCAUUAGCGCACCGGUGGCCGUGUGUGUGGCUUCGUGGUCGGCAGCAGUGAACUUCCUUCGCGAGGCUUGGCGGGGGGAGACUGCAGAAGACAAGGCCGCCCAGGCAGAGGUCUCAACACUCCUGGCACUCGGUGAGAUGCAGCUAAAGAGGGAACUCCUCGGAGGUCACGGAGUCGCACCGCUGAAGAGACUGCUCGCUGCACCUCCAUUCGUGCUCCACUUGUUCCAGGCCCUGCACCUGCAGCCUAUCGUGCAUGCGGAGGCGUUGGCUGGGUUUCCCCAACUUCCGCCCCUUCUGCAUCAAAAAGCCAUGCCCAGCAGCUGGCAGCAAGGCAAACUGCCUCUAUUGGAGCUGCACCCAUUGCCUGCAGAUGACAGCUUGAGUAACGCUGUCCGCGCAAAAAGGGAACCUAUGUGCAUGGACUGGGCAUUCCUCUUGGUGAUCUCCAUGCUUGCCAAGGAAGUGCUUGCAAGGAAGCCGUCCUGGUCGGCCGGGGCCGAGCAUCUGAGCUGGUGGGAGGCUGGUGCCAACCAGGGCGACUGCAGCACUAUGGCCGUCCACAUGCUGUCUUCUUGGGGCAGGCGAAGCAGACAACCGCGAAGCCUUUUUGACAUCGAUGCCAUCCUCUUUGAGCCGAUCCACGACUCGGCAGUUGCGACGCGAGGAUCAGCUGCCGCGCUGCUGAGGCGCCUUCGCCAGAACGGCGAUGGCUCGAAACUGGCAGUGAGGCAGAUGGCGUUGGGUGCAAAGGUAGGGGAGUUGGACAUCAACCUAAAGCGGCGUGCCUCAGCGCAAGCCUCCUUCCCUGAAUGCCAAGGCCUUCCUGGCUUUUGCGAGGUGCAACGAGUCACCAUGGAGACUGUCGACAACCUGCUGCAGAAAGAGACCGAGGUCGUGGACAUGUUGAAGAUUCAUGUCCAAGGCUUUGAGCUCGAGAUCCUCGCCGGAGCGCAGCAUGCGCUGUCCCAGGGCCACUUCUGCUUAGUUCUUCUUCUCACCGCUGCAAUGCAUCGUGAAGAUACCCUGAGCAAGGAUGCGAUGGAUGUUGCGCUAACGUCCUUGACGCAGAUGUUGAGUAACUACACCGCGAUGGCCAUAAAGUGGAAGUUUCGGGAAGAUCCUGAGAUUCUGUCCCUGAAGCGAGCUCACGCUCGAAUCAUUGAAAGGAAGAUGUUGGCGCCGAAGGAACCAUAUGAGAACUUCAACGUGGUCGCCUGGCACCACGGCCCACGCUGCAGUGGCCGCACGUCGGUCCGUGUCGCUAAACAGAUGUUUGGCGUGUAG